AAAAUAUUAUUUGGAGGCAUAGAGAGACGGCAAGGGGAGAGGGAACAAACAAAAAAAAAAAAAAAAGGAAACCAGAGUCAUGGUUUCAACGAGAAGAAGUGGAUCUCUCUCUGGAAACAGUAAUAUAAAGAGAUCUUCGUCGUCGGAGGAUAGGCCUCCGUCGCCAAAGCGUCAGAAGGGUGAAAAUGGUGGGACCGCAGAGAAACCGAUACCGGCGGUGGAGAAUUCAAAAGAAUCGUGUCCUCCUGCUGCGGCGGAUCCCGCAGAAUGUGAGCCUGGUGAUGCUCAGAUUGCUGGAGACGCAGCUGGUGAGGCUGUGAGUUCCGGGAAGGAUGAGGUAUCUCCGGCUGUGGCUGUGGUCACGCCCAUCGCAGAGGGUUCUACGCCGCUUGUAGUUGAUAAGCCGAGGAGUUCUUUUCCGUCUUGGAGCUUGUAUCACAAGCAGAGUUCAACUUUUGAAACAUCAAUGCCUUGGUGCAAGCUUCUAUCACAGUCUGCACAGAAUCCAAAUGUAGUCAUAUGCACAUCCAGUUUCACUAUUGGUUCAAACAGGAAUUGCAAUUUUUCGCUGAAGGAUCAGAGUGGAAUUCUGUGCAAGAUCAAACACACGCAGCGUGAGGGAAGUGCUGUAGCUGUGCUAGAAAGUACGGGAAGCAAGGGAUCAGUGCAAGUAAAUGGCGAAGUAGUCAAGAAGAACAAUUGUCGUCCGCUUCAAUCAGGAGAUGAGGUGGUUUUUGGUUUGAUGGGGAAUAAUGCCUAUAUUUUCCAGCAAGUCAUGACUGACCUUACUGUUAAGGGUGCAGAGGUCCAGAGUAGUCUGGGAAAACUUUUGCAACUUGAAAGGAGAUCAGGAGAUCCUUCAGCUGUUGCUGGGGCCUCAAUAUUGGCAUCUCUUUCAAGCCUGAGGCAAGAUAUAUCACGAUACAAGUCUCCAGGUCAGAAUACUGGUAAAAUCCACCAAGGUACUGAGGCGCCUGCGCAUUCUGUUGUCUGUGAUGGUACAGAAGCAGAGCAUGAUGGCUUGGAAGUCAAUUCAAUGCCAGAUGUAUGGAGUGACAAAGCUGCAGAUAUUGGAGCAGUUGGCAAUAACCUUCCUCAUGAUCUCAACCAGAACUCUGGCAAAGAGGCAGGCAAUGUAAAACUCUCUGGGGUGAAUGAUUUGAUAAGGCCUUUCUUCAGGAUGUUAGCUCGAUCAACUAGUUGUAAACAAAAAUUGAGCAAAAGUAUCUGUAAACAGGUAUUGGAAGAAAGGAACGAGUGGACAAAGGAUUCACGGCUGGCAUCAACCUCUGGUAUGACAUUGCGCUGUGCAGUAUUCAAGGAAGACAUUCAUGCUGGAAUUCUUGAUGGAAAAAAUAUAGAAGUUUCAUUUGAUGAUUUUCCAUACUAUUUAAGUGAGAGCACAAAAAAUGUACUGAUUGCAGCUUCAUUUAUACACCUGAGGCACAAAGAACAUGUGAAAUACACUGCAGAUCUUACCACUGUUAAUCCUCGGAUCUUGCUUGCUGGUCCUGCAGGUUCUGAGAUAUACCAGGAGAUGUUGGCAAAGGCCCUUGCUAAUUACUUUGGUGCUAAAUUACUCAUAUUUGAUACCCACACUUUUUUGGGUGGUUUGUCUUCGAAGGAAGCUGAGUUCUUGAGGGAUGGAUUUAAUACGGAAAAAUCCUGCACUUGUGCCAAACAAAGUCCUAUCGUUGCAGACUUAUCAAAAAGCGUGAAUCCAUCAGGUGUUGAAGCAGAUACGCCCAGCUCUUCAAAUGCACCUUCUUCCUCUGGUCAUGAAUCUCAACCAAUGAUGGAUAGUGAUGUGUUUCCUUCUUCUGGGUCAUCUAGGAAUCUUUUGUUUAGAAUAGGUGAUAGAGUAAGGUAUAUUUCUGGUGGCUUAUAUCCAUCAGCAUCUUCAUCAAGGGGUCCGACUAAUGGAAUUCGUGGAAAGGUUGUACUAGUUUUUGAGGGCAAUCCUUCUUCAAAAAUUGGGGUAAGGUUUGAUAAACCUGUACCUGACGGGGUUGAUCUUGGAGGUCUUUGUGAGGGAGGUCAUGGAUACUUUUGCAAUGUUACUGAUCUUCAUUUGGAUAAUGUGGAAGAUUUGGACAAGCUACUAAUCAAUACAUUGUUUGAGGCUGUACACAAUGAGAGCAGAAAUUCUCCUUUUAUUUUGUUCAUGAAAGAUGCAGAGAAAUCAAUUGCAGGAAAUCCAGAUACAUGUUCAACGUUUAAAAGCAGACUUGAAAAACUUCCUGAUAAUGUGGUAGCAAUUGCUUCACUCACACAAACUGAUAAUCGUAAGGAAAAGUCGCAUCCUGGAGGUCUUCUUUUCACAAAAUUUGGUAGCAAUCAAACUGCUCUUCUUGACUUGGCUUUUCCGGAUAGUUUUGGAAGACUUCAUGACAGAGGGAAAGAAGUGCCAAAGGCAACAAAAGUCUUGACAAAACUUUUCCCUAAUAAAGUAGUCAUUCACAUGCCUCAGGAUGAGGCGCUUCUAGGAUCUUGGAAGCACCAAUUGGAUCGAGAUGCUGAAACCCUCAAAAUGAAGGGAAAUCUGAAUCAUCUGCGUGCAGUCCUGAGUCGGAGCGGGAUGGAAAGUGAAGGACUUGAGACUUUAUGCAUUAAGGACCAGACAUUGACACAUGAAAGUGCAGAGAAGGUAAUUGGGUGGGCGCUAAGCCAUCAUCUAAUGCAGAAUCCUGACGUUGAGACUGAUGCAAGACUUGUUUUAUCCAGUGAGAGCAUCCAUUAUGGUAUUGGAAUUCUACAGGCCAUCCAGAAUGAAUCUAAAAGCCUGAAGAAGUCUCUCAAGGAUGUCAUAACAGAAAAUGAAUUUGAGAAGAGGCUUUUGGCUGAUGUUAUUCCACCCAGUGAUAUUGGAGUUACGUUUGAUGAUAUUGGAGCUCUUGAGAAUGUUAAGGAUACUUUGAAGGAGCUGGUGAUGCUUCCUUUACAGAGGCCUGAACUUUUCUGCAAGGGACAAUUAACCAAGCCUUGCAAGGGCAUACUUUUAUUUGGACCUCCUGGAACUGGAAAGACUAUGCUGGCAAAGGCUGUGGCAACAGAAGCUGGUGCAAAUUUCAUCAAUAUUUCAAUGUCAAGCAUCACAUCUAAAUGGUUUGGUGAGGGUGAGAAGUAUGUGAAAGCUGUAUUCUCCCUGGCCAGCAAAAUUGCCCCUAGUGUUAUCUUUGUUGAUGAGGUUGACAGCAUGUUGGGCAGGAGGGAGAAUCCAGGGGAGCAUGAAGCUAUGAGGAAGAUGAAAAAUGAGUUUAUGGUGAACUGGGAUGGCCUACGUACCAAAGAAACAGAAAGAGUUCUAGUACUUGCAGCAACAAAUAGGCCCUUCGACCUUGAUGAGGCUGUCAUCAGAAGGCUUCCACGAAGAUUGAUGGUAAAUCUACCUGAUGCUCCAAAUAGAGCAAAGAUACUGAAAGUUGUUUUGGCAAAGGAAGAUUUGUCCCCUGAUGUUGAUUUUGAUGCAAUUGCAAGUAUGACAGAUGGAUAUUCUGGAAGUGACCUCAAGAACCUAUGUGUAACUGCAGCACAUCGUCCAAUUAAGGAGAUACUGGAAAAGGAAAAGAAGGAACGUGCUGCAGCUGUUGCAGAAGGUAAACCUGCUCCAACUUUAAGUAGCGGUGCUGAUAUACGACCUCUUAACAUUGACGAUUUCAAAUAUGCUCAUGAACGGGUAUGUGCAAGUGUUUCAUCCGAGUCGGUUAACAUGACGGAGUUAUUACAAUGGAAUGAACUCUAUGGUGAAGGUGGCUCAAGAAGAAAGAAGGCGCUUAGCUAUUUUAUGUAAAUGAUCCUUUGUACAAAAGCUUCUUAAUUUUCUGUUGAUUCUCUUCUGUUCUCCUAAAGCCUUCGCCACAAGUAAUUGCUGCUUUCACCCUGCGCUUGUUGGGGAGCCGUUUUGUCUGUAAGAUGAGGUGUAGGUUCUCUAAAUUAUAUUUUCUUAUCCCAAGUUUGGGAUGGUCGGUAUAAAUGGCACUAAGCUAUUCUUGUGUUCCUUAUCCCCUUCCUUCUGCCAUGAGGAGCAUCAUAUCCUUUCAAAGUUUUAAGUUAUUAACAUCUGAAAUAGAAAAGAGGUGAGAAACCCAAGACUCGGUCAAUAUAUGGUCGUUGUUUUUAUAGAUAUUGUUCAUGGUGAUUUGUGAUGAUGAAACGAUAAGCCAAGUACUAGGACCUUCUUCUGUGAAUGCGACAAACCUGUAGUAAUGCUCUGACGAGGGAAGAAGUGAUAAAUUGUAAUAUGAUUAACUAAUGCUUACUGUCUAUUGAAAUAAUGAACGAAGUUAGGACUUGAGCUUUUCCUUUUCA